GAAAUUACGGAAAAAUAACAAUAAAAAUCUGGCAAAAGAAAACCACGUGCGUGGUGACCAUGGAAAUUGUGUAGGUGUGCUGAAUUAAUAUGUAAAAAAAAUGAAAGGUAGUCAUAGUAACUUCCACACAGCUGACCAUCAUUAGUGAAAAUGUAUUCCCAACGCGAGUACAACACGAGGGACGAUGGCUCGGAAAUUUACGUCGUGGAUAAUCGAUAUAAUUCCGAGUUUCCUAGCAACCCCCGCCCACCUCCACAACAACACUACCAACAAUCGCCAAGGCCACCCUCAAACAUGUCCUAUAAACCAGAGAGCAUAAUUUCGAAUAAAAACAAAGCAGGGAUCGUCAUGGAAACCAUGUCCGCUCCGAAUCCGCUAUGCCCAAGGGCCAAAGGCGUCUGUUGCCUCCUGGUCCUCGUGAACCUGGGCCUGAUCCUGAUCACGCUUGGCUUCUCCAUCGUCCUCCAACUCUUCGAACCCGCCUUUGUUUGGUACUGCGGGAUCCUGUUCCUCCUGGUGGGGACCAUCGCCCUCAUCUCGUCCCUCAUCUUCUGCGUCUCGAUCUGCCGGGAGAACCAGCGCCACCAAAAUCCCCAUGACAACAAUCUCUACUGGACCAGCCACUGGCAGAAGCGGAUCGACAUUUAACUCUUCACUCUCUUAACUAAAAAGCUAAAAAUAAACUAGUGUAAAAAUAAA